AUGAUGUCGAGGUGGAACGUUUAUGUGCUACCUAAAGAAUCUUGGGUAUUUUCAACAUACUGCCACUCAAAGUGUUUUGAUCGUAAUCCUGAUGAUCUUAGUUACCUCAGUGUCCGCCGUGAGUGGUAUAGAAGGUGUUUAUCAGACGUCCAACCAUCAGAUCAUAAAGGUACGCCAUUGUACCACCCGGCUAGCGCUGACACAAGCGAUAUUAGAUUAUAUGAGCUGCUUCACAUAAAAAAACCUAACGUUCCAUACGACAAAGUGGAAACGAGUUACUAUAAUGCUUUGUCGUACUCUACAUGUCCUGAUCCUAGUUGUCCUCCUGAACUGGAACCUGACUCCGUGGGUCGACUACAGAAGAGUUUGGUUGCAGUGACGGAUUUGUUUAAAAUAUUCAGCGAUUCUUGCUCAUAUGGUGAGUUAUUAGUGCUUGAUGAAUAUAGUUACGCAAGGUCAGUAUAUUAUCGCACUUGCCGACUGACGCAAGGCUAUUACCGUAGGUCAAAAUCAAGGUUAAAUCUGCAAGUGAGUUAUAAAUGUGCGUCGCUUAUACAAUGUGUGUUUUAUACAGUUGAUUUACUAAAUAGGUAA